CCAUAGGGCUUCAGCUCCGUCCUUAUCCCUGACCACUCUCUAGGUCCGGUGAGACCCCACCCCAGAGCUUAACCUCGCCCGCAGCCCUGGGGAAGGAAACUAGAAUUUUCCCUCCAGGGUUGGAUGAAGGAGGCAACCUUUCCACCACUGCCCGGAGGUCCUCUGGCCCUGAGGGCCGGUGCCCCGACCACUUCCGCUCCCGGCGGCCCUGACACCGGAAGCAGAAGUGCGCAGCGGCGGCGGAUGGUGGCGGCUGUACGGGGCCGCACGGCGCGCUGCUGUGGGAGUGUCUCCGGCCGUUCUGCAGGAAGGACACCUACUGAAACUUUAAACCCUGGCGCUGGUGUCAUGGAAUCAGUCACCUUGGAGGAUGUGGCAGUGGGGCUCAUCCAGGAGUGGGCGUUGCUGGAUGACGCUCAGAGGAACCUGUGCAGAUAUGUGCUGCUGGACAACUGCAGGACCCUGGCCCCCUGGGCAGGAACUCCACCCUGCAAAGCCUGUCUGGUCUCCCAGGUGGGGCCAAGAGAAGAGCUGGUGACAGCAGAACGAGGCAUUCUCUGUGCCACGGGUGUGGACUGGGAAUCUCAACUUAAACCCAAAGAGUCUACUCCUCUGCAGGAUAUUUUGGAGGAAAAUUCAUCCCAUGAUUUGCAAAUGGGGCUGGGGCUGGACCUGAGGAUGCAGAUCAAGCCCAUGAUGGGAGAGAGGGGGACACCUCUGAGUCCAGGGGACCGGUCAGCUCUCCAGGAGUCACCUUGGUCUUCUGAAGACACAGGGCUGAAGGUGGCUGUGCAGAUUCAGAGGGUGGCCACGCCGGAGCCUGCGCUACGCCUCCUCCACCUGUUGGGGUCUGGGGGUUCUGCAGUGCCUGCUCAGGACCCCACCUGGCUCUGGGAGGAGAGCACAGAGGAAGAAGCCGUGGCUCCUGCGACACUGAACACUUGUCUGCAGGAACCAGUCACCUUUGCGGAUGUGGCCGUGCUGUUCACACCGGAAGAAUGGCUGUUUCUAGACUCUGCUCAGAGAAGCCUGUACAGAGACGUGAUGCUGGAGAACUAUAGGAACCUGGCCUCUGUGGGAGAUCAGCUCUGCAAAGCCAGUACGUUUUCCCAUUUGGAGCAAAGAGAAGAGCUGUGCGUCACUGAGAGAGGGAUCUUCCCAGGAACCCACUUAGAACCUCAACUUCAACCCCAAGACUCAAUUCCUAACCAAGAUAUUUUUGCAGAGAUUCCAUCCAUUGGCAUGAAAAGGGAGCAGCUUCAGACUGGAGAAAAACUCUAUAAAUGCAAUGUUCUAGGGGAGCCUAUUAACAGCAUCAAACCACUUUUUCAGUACCAGAGAAUUCCUGCAGGAGGGAACCCCUGUGAAUGCCGAGAGAGUGGAAAAUCCUUCUUCCAAACCGCUCACCUAAUCGUGCCUGAGAAAAUCCAUAGUGGGGAUAAAACCUAUUCAUGUAACAAAUGUGAAAAAUCGUUCAGAUACAGCUCUGAUCUCAUCAGGCACGAGAAGACUCACACUGCGGAGAAGUGCUUCGAGUGUCAGGAGUGCAGGCAGGCCUUCAAGUAUUCCUCGAAUCUGCGGCGGCACAUGAGAACUCACACUGGAGAGAAACCCUUCGAGUGCAGUCAGUGUGGGAAAACCUUCACGAGGAACUUUAACCUGAUCUUGCACCAGAGAAACCACACGGGUGAGAAGCCCUACGAAUGUAAGGACUGUGGGAAAGCUUUCAACCAGCCCUCCUCUCUGAGGAGCCACGUGAGAACUCACACCGGAGAGAAGCCUUUUGAAUGUGGCCAGUGCGGGAAAGCCUUCAGGGAACACUCAUCACUGAAGACACACCUGCGGACCCACACCAGAGAGAAACCGUACAAAUGUAACCAGUGUGGGAAGCCCUUCCGGACGAGCACUCACCUGAACGUACAUAAGAGGAUCCACACAGGGGAGAAGCUUUAUGAGUGCGCCACCUGCGGGCAGGUCUUGAGUCGUCUCUCAACCCUUAAGAGUCACAUGCGGACGCACACGGGAGAGAAGCCCUACGCGUGUCAGGAGUGUGGGCGAGCCUUCAGUGAGCCCUCAUCCCUCAGGAAACACUCGAGGACCCACACCGGCAAGAAGCCCUACGCGUGUCAGGAGUGUGGGCGAGCCUUCGGCCAGUCUUCACACCUUAUCGUACAUGUAAGAACCCACACUGCAGGGAGACCCUACGAAUGUAAUCAGUGUGAGAAAGCCUUCAGGCACAGCUCUUCACUUACCGUGCAUAAAAGGGCUCACGCCAGGAGAGAAAACGUCAGGACUGGCGGCCUGCCUUUAUCAGUGUCUCUUGCGUACGGUGGGCCACAUGCUGAUUAACUUCCAAUUUGUAAAAACAUAAACAUCCAAGGCUGUGAUCAUCUCUCAUAGUACUCGUUAAGCGACAUCCCAUGUUUCAAUGUAUAAUAUUUUCAUUUUGGUUUAAUUCUCCAUAUUGUCUUAGUUUCUUUUACCACUUAUUCUUUGACACACGAGUUAAAUGGAAUUAGGUUUUUAAAUAAAAGUACAUGGGUAUAUUUUUAUAGAGGUAUAAUUGUAGUGAAAUGCAUAAAUCUUAAGUGUACAGUUGGAUGAGUUUGACAGAUGUAUACUUGUAUGUAAUCAAUACUCCAUUCAGGAUAUAGACUGUUUCUGUCGUCCUGGAAAUUCCUGCAUAUAUAUGGGUGUUUCUUUUUAGUUGCCUUUUUGUUGUUGGUUUCUAAUUUAAUUACACUCUUAGCAGGGUGUGUGGUCUUUAUGUUGUUGAAUGUUAAGUAUUUGUGGAGAUUUGCUUUUAGGUCUAGUGUGGCAUGUCCUGCUAGUUGCCUACCAAAAUUGCCCCUUCUUGCUUACAAAAGCAGUUAGGUUUUUUUUUUGUUCAGAUUGGGACUGUGCACUAUUUUGUGGGUGUGUGUGUGGCUUAAAACAACAGAAUUUUACUCUCUCACAGUUCUGGAGGGAAGAAGUUGAAAUCAAGGUGUCUGCAGGGCCACACUGCCUCUAAAUGCUCUAGGGGAGGUUCCUUCCUUACCUCUUCCAACUUUUGGUGGCUCCAGGUGUUCCUUGGCUUGUGGCAGCAUCUCUCCCAUCUCUGCCUCCGUUUUCAAAUGGCCUUCUCCUCUGUGUGUCUGUGUCUUUUCCUCUUCUGUCUCUUAUAAGGACACUUGUCAUUUGAUUUAGGGUCCACCCAUAUAUCCAGGAUGGUCUCAUCUCGAGAUCUUUAAUUACAUCUGCAAAGACCCUUUUCCAAAUCAGAUCACAUCCAUAGUUUCCAGGUGGACAUAUCUUUUGUGGGGGCAUCAUUCAAACCACAACACCAUCAGGGAAUGUGCACUAUUAAAACACCUCCAUAUUCCUGUCCUUCUUGCUGCCAGGUGAGGCCACAUCCUCCAGUCCUGGCCAGUAUGAGACAUCGCUGGGUGUGAGUCCUGGGAAAGAUGUUGCAAAGGAGUGGUUUCAUUUAGCCAGAUCCUUCUCCUUCUUGCUUUCUGUACAAGCAGACACCGUGUCCAGGGCUAGAGGAGCCAUCCUGUGACCAUGAGGGUGAAAGCCACAGGCUAAAGAGAGUGUGGCCAGAAGUCACAACCAUCCUGGUUCCCCAGUUGGUGUCCUUGUAUGGCUGUACCAGCCCUGGAUUGUUUAUUUCUGGACAUUCUGUUACACGAAUAAGAUGUACUUCUUACUGGCACAUGACAUUGUCUUUUUGUGGGGGAGUGUGGGGGAAGGCAGGGAUGGGUUUAUUAUGGCUGAAGGCAGUCUCUAACUGAUGCACUUAGUAUAUGGUCAGUUUUUAUAAAUGCUUCGUGGGUAGUUGAAAUCAAUGUAUUCUACAUAUAUUAACUAGAUGGAGCAUAUAAUUUGUGUUUAAAAGUCUUUUUACACAUUUUAAAAUAUUGGUCUCUGUCUUAGCUCAGGCUGCUAUAACAAAAAUACUGUUGACUUGGUAACUUAUAAACAACAGAAAUUUAUUUCUCACAGUCCUGGAGGCUGGAAGUCCAAGAUCAAGGCUGGUAGAUUUGACGUCUGGUGAGGGCCCACUUCCUGGUUCAUAGAUGGCCAUAUUCUCGCUGUGUCCUCAUGUGGCAGAAGGGGAGCAAGAGAGCUCUCUGGGGUCUCAUUUAUAAGGGCACUGAUCCCAUUCAUGAAGGCUGCAUCUCCAUGACCUAGUUACCUCCCAAGGGCCCCACCUCUUAAUACCAUUCUCUUGGGGCUGAGGCUUCAGCAUGUGAAUUUUGGGGAGCACAAACAUUCAGUCCUUAGCAGUUUCUGAUCUAUCAUGUACUGAGAAAGCUACAUUAAACUCUCCCACCAUAAGUAUGGAUUACUGAAUAAGUCUUGUAAUUCCGUCAAUUUUAAGUUUCAUAUAUUUUGAAGAAAUGGAAUUAAAUGAAAAGAUUUUUGACAUUUUAUAAGUUUCCAGAUAAUUGUUCCUUUUAUUCGUAUAGUGACCAUCUUUCUCCCUAGCAAUGAAUAUUCAACCAUUCAGCAUCAUACUAGCAAAUAGUUAUUUAGCGCUUACUAUUACUAGAUAGUAGCUACUACCCUAAACUUCGCAUCUUUUAGGUUAUUUAGUCCUCACAGACUUUCAGGAAGGUACUGGUUAUUAUCCCCAAUUCACAGAUGAGGAAACUGAGGCCUGGAAAGUUGAGGUGAGUUUACAGAGGUAUGCAAGGUGGUAAGUGACAGAGUCUGGCUCUCUCUACAGAGCUUCACCCCAGGGGGCCAUUCUCCAUUUUAACCUGUACUAACAUGAUUCUAUUUUUGUGUUUUAAAGUUCUUUAAUUGAGGCAUAACUUAGGUAAAAUUUCAUAAGUUUUAGUGUAUACCUUAAUGAAUUUUAUAUAUGUCUAGACCACCCGCAUCAAAUAUAAAAUAUUUUAUCUCCCUGAAGUGUCCCUUGGGCCCUACCCCACUCAGUAAGCCCCAUCAUCAGAGGUAACCAGUUUUCUGACUUCUAUCACCAUAAAUCUGUUUUUCCUGUUCAGAGAAAUAGAACCACACAAUAUGCCGUCUUGUGUCUGGUGUUUUCACUUAAUAUAGUGCCCAUGAAAUUUAUCU